GAAAGACCAGCUCAACACUCUGUCUCUUUAGGCUCAGAAGACAAGAAGCCUGGGAACAUGCUGCCAAUAUGCGCCCCGGGCCUACUUCAGUGUCUGCGUACUAGUGGCACAACCUCUGAUGUCCAAAUGAGAAAGGGCGGUGGUGGUAGAUUCUGUUUGGAUGCACAAUUGUGAAGCACUAUGAAGGCAAAGGGUCCAGCAUCUGAGGGUCUCUUGACGUCACUAUGAAUCGCUUUUUCCGAAGAAAGCGGGUUGGUCCGCUGAAAAGCCUACUGAGCCUGUGUCUAGUUUUUGCGUCUCUUCUCAUGAUCCAGAAGUUGAAACCAUCAGAUAAAGAAGUGGAACAUAGGAGGGAUACCGGUUGGUGCGGCUCCGACUGUUUUUCAUUCAAGAAGGGAGUCGCGAAAACUACUGUAGGGAGCUCAGACACUUUGGUGUUUAGAAAGGAUUUGGAUGCGCAAGGGGUUUCCGAAAGGACUCCGUCUUCCUGGGACGCACAGGUUCUCAAAUGCACAGAGAACGCGUCGGUAAGGAACGAGCACUGGUUCCAGCACUUGAACCCAAGAUUUCACCAGUUCGUACUGCACAGACACUGUAGAUAUUUUCCCAUGCGCAUCAACCACCCGGAGAAAUGCGUGAAAGAGGACGUGCAUCUCCUCAUGGUGGUCAAGUCCGUUAUUGAGCAGCACGACCGGCGGGAGGCGGUGCGCAAAACCUGGGCUAAGGAGCGCACAAUGGAUGGGAAGAAGAUCAAAACGUUAUUUCUUUUAGGAAGCCCAGUGGCUGGCAAAGACACCCAUAACCUCCAGAAAUUGAUCGAGUACGAAGACCAAAUCUAUGGGGACAUCCUGCAAUGGGAUUUCAUGGACACCUUCUUUAACCUGACUCUAAAAGAGGUCAACUUUCUGAAAUGGUUCGAUAUAUACUGCUCUGGCGUCCAGUUCAUAUUCAAAGGUGAUGAUGACGUGUUUGUGAACACGUACAACCUGUUGGAGUUCAUCCACACCAGAGUGGAGGAGCGCAAAGAGGUCGACUUGUUUGUGGGGGACAUCAUCAGCAAUGCGACCCCCAUCCGAAACAAGAAAAGCAAAUACUACAUUCCCAAAGAGCUAUACGAUGCGCCAUAUCCUCCUUAUGCCGGCGGUGGGGGGUUUCUGGUGUCCGCCCAGCUGGCAAGGAAACUAUUUGUGGCCUCGGAAGAACUACAAGUCUACCCUAUUGACGAUGUGUUUUUGGGGAUGUGCCUGCAGAAGCUUAAGUUAGCCCCAGAACGGCACCAGGGCUUCAAGACCUUCGGCAUUACCAGACUUAAGCCUAGCUCAAUGAACAACGAGCCCUGCUUUUACAAAAACCUCAUAGUAGUGCACAAACUGAGCCCGCAGGAGCUGAUCGAGAUGUGGAGCAUGGUGAACAACAAUGACCUGAUUUGCGCGCAACGUAUCAUCAUAUGAUUGUCAGUUUAUAUGACGUAGACGAAUUUACCAAAGCCGAACUGAAUACACAUAAGACUUGUUUUUAAAUUGAUGAUGAUGAUUAUGAAGCCACUACACAGGACUCCACAGUGUGCCAUGUCAGAUUGUACUCUCAUGGCUCUGUUGUCUUACAUCUGAGAUCCAAUGUUUCUUUGGCUAUAUGGCUGUAAUGUUUUUUGUGCAUUUGUUAAUGCAUAAAUAAGACUUAAAACUAGAAACUGCUGUUUUUCCUCAGAAUUUCCUGAUUUGGGGAUUUCAGUGUGACUGUCAGAGUGAACUAUAUGGACUCACAGACAAGUGAUUAUUUUAUACAGGAAUUGUAAAAACCUAUUAGUUGUUUUAGUCAACCCUUUAUUUUAUCUUGUAAUUGUUAAUGUAUUUGAAUAUGAUUUUCAGAGGCAGGUCAAAAAUCUAAAAAACUAAAGGGCUGUAAAACUGUUAAUCUGUGUAUGACAGCAAUGGUGAUCCCAGGGGGUGGCUUGGUUCCCAUGUAAAAUUACUGGUCACCCCCCCAACACAGACAAGUACGAAGCCCCAGUCAUUUUAAUUCUUUGCAGGAAAUUAUGUUUGUACAUGAUUUGUUGACAAAACUACUGAAAUGGAAGGUCAUGAUGGUUGUUAUUAAAUUAUAGUGUAUAAAUCACCAAAAUUAUAAAAGCAAUAAAGAAACUGAGUAUGAAAUCUAAUGUGUUUUCCAGUUGCAUCAGAACUUUAGGUUCACUAUAUUAUUCUAUAGAAUACAGAUGCAAAACUGAAACCACUUGUAGAAGCUGUAGCCACCUAGAGUCUUGACAUCUGAAAUACAAUUUAAGUUGAAGGCUGUGAUACAAAUACAAAUGAUGGAAGACAGUUACAAAUAAUAUGAAAUAUGAUAUGCUAGAUAUAAAUGAAAUCUUUAUUAUUAGCCAAUAAUUAAUAUUUAUGUUUAAACAACCCACACAUUUCAUUUUAUUGUUGAUGAUGCAUUCAAAUUGGAAUUGAUAAUUAACAAUUCCUUGGCUGACCUUGUGUGGAUAUGAUGAUGUUCACAUAAGCUCAGCUAAGGAAUUGAACAGUAUGAAAUUAAUUUUACCCUAUACCAACUUUCCCUUUCUAUCAACUUACAUAACCUGAAAUUCCUCUAUGCUGUUUAACCUUGUAGUAUGCCACCAAAAUCUAACUGGUCCCACCUGGCCCCGCCCACUAAAUAUUUACCUGCAGGCACUGCAGCAUGAUAGUGUAAUAAAAGCGGACUGCUUUGUCAACUGUGUAAAAAUGCUAUGAAUACUGAAGGGUCUGAUUUAAGUUGCCUCAUGUUCUGCAGGGAUGGCCUUAA